AAGUGACAUUAACAUUAAAAGUGCAAAAAAAUUCCAUGUUUACAUUUCAAAGUGGUUGCAUACGUAAUUUCCCCAAUACAAAAGUCGCUUUUCUUUUCGUUAAUUAAUGAAAAUGCUCUACUAAUGACCUUUGAACUACUGCAGCACUUUCUCAGGCUGUACGUGAAUGUAUUUUCAACUCGAGACUUGAUCAAAGAAGAUAAUGCUUCAGCUGUGAUGAUAAUUAUUUUGUAAUGCGUAAUCGCGAUUGAUAAACGUAACUCGCCCGAACCAUGAAAAUGUGAAACUAAUUAACGAAGGAGAAAUGGGCCAGAAUCAAUCCCAAUCCACUUCGGUCAAAUCCAAAUCCCGGGACUCCGCACCGCCACCGACUGCCAACGGUAACGGCUCUCGUAAGAUUAUCUCGAGAACACCAUCUGCCGCGAGCAUAAAUGACAGACCGCUCAAUCUGAUGCCGAUCGACAAGCUCUCGAAGAUCCUAUCUUCGAAAAGUCAAGCGCAAGAGGGCGUCAAUGGGAUCACGUUGAAAGUCUUCACGCAAAACCUGUUCCCGAGGUAUCCGCUGUUCGCCGAGAAGCUCUUCGCGUACUUUCUCCGCCUGGCCAAGUCCAAAAACGCGUACCUAAGCAACUCGGGAUUCAAGCAGCAGGCCGAACGUUUCCUCGCCGUGCUCGAAGAUGACAAAGUUCACCACAUCCUGGUGCAGAUGUUCGCAGGUAGCGACGAGAAUGUGACCCGCGAUGACAUGUACUCGCUGUUCAUGUCGACGUACCACGUCUCGAUGGAUCACUACUCGGAGGGGCCGCAGAUGUGCGUCGCGAUUAACAAGACGUUAACGGCAGUCAUCGAGAGCUGCUUCCUGAAGAAGACCUCACUGUCGUGUCAGUACGUCGUCCAUUGGAUCGAGGAGAACUGCCCCCGACUGCUGCUGACCCUUCACAGAUACGCCGUACAUUCCCUAGCGACUUCGUAUCGAACUUUAGAGACUCACGAGACUGACUUGGCGGCAGGUCUUGCGACGGACGCACAAGAGUUGGCGACGCCCGUCUUGGAACAACCGCCUCUGUUUAAAGACGGCGAGUAUCACCCCCACUUGUUGCAGAUGAGCAUGUCGUGGUUGCUGGCGGGGGCUCUUCCUCCUUUAUACUCGCGACCGCAGAGGGCAAACUCACCAAGCAAUAGCGGAGUCGGUCUAUCGAGUCAAGCGUUUUUGAUGAAGUUGUUGUGCGCCGUACCGUCCCAUUGGAUAAGUCUAUACGACUCGGAGGAAAACGGUAUCGGUUCCAAUCGUUUUUUGCACCACGUCCUCGCGUACAAGGGCGCCACCUUGUGUCUACUUAAGGUGGACGGCGGUUCGAUUUUUUGCAUCGGCUCCCCAAACGAGUGGAAGGAAUCGCACUUGUACUGGGGCGGGGAGGACGCGAUUCUAUUUCAGAUACUUCCCACAUUUCGGAUGCUCGAGAGGGGUUCGAAGUCGCUGUACCUAAACCUGAGCAUUCGCGGGUACCCGCAAGGACUGCGAGUGGGCAAGGAUCCUCGCGAGCCGAUCAUAUCGAUCAAUUCGGGAUUCGACAAGUUGGAGUAUAGAAAGAUCCCCUACAGCCUGGAUCGCGUCGAGGUUUGGGGUUGCGGCGAUCAAGCCAGUCGUGAUGCGCAAUUGGAUGUUAAGAAAUGGGAGGUGAAGGAGGCGGAGCGGCAACGGAACGUCAAACUGAGCGCCGCAGAUUGGUUGGAUCAUCCCGACAGAUAUCUCUUGGAGUUGGCCGGACGGCCGCAAUACAAUAAUCAGAAUCCGCCAUUAUAAUACCAUUUUCUUUAGUUUACGGUACUUAAUUUUACCCUUAAUUGAUGCUCUUAGGUGCCUUACUUAGUAUUUGUAUUGUACUUAUUUUUAACUGAGAUUCUUUCCAAAUGCGCCCAGUGAUAUUUUCCGGAUCUUUUUCUAGAAUUGUAAUUUUGAGGAUGCCACCUACAUUUUAAAUGUUAUACAAUUAAAUAAAGAGUUUUAGUUUUU